AUUCGAUUUACAUUCUUUCCUCGAUUCUUUCACAUACUAAAAAUUGUCAAAUUUACCUAAUUAUCGACUAAUUUUGUUUGGUUUAUUGUCAAAUUUGAAAACUUUGGAAGCGACUGUGCUCAGGUGUGCAACAAAAAUAAAUGACUGUUAUUGGCAAAAAUAGUGAGCCGUUGAAAUGGAAUCUUUAACGUUGAGUGCAAUUAUUCUAUUUUUGAUGUACACUCAAGUCCACGGGCGAAUGGAAACAGUUCAUUGUAAAAUCUCCCACUACACAUGUGAGGUUCGCAUUGUUGAGGUUGACGAACCGAUAACAGCAAUUAUUUUCGACGAAACUCCAAACACAUCAGUCCGUGAAUUGAGGAUCACAGGUCGGUUCGAAAGUAUGCCAGACUUAUCAGACGCCACCACAAAAUUCGUAAACUUCAAACGGCUUAUAAUCGAGGAGGUUGGAUUGAAAAUCGUAAAGAGAGAUCGACUUGCCGUUUUCGGAAAGAUUUCAGAGUUUGAGUUAGAUUUAAACAAAAAUGAAAUUGCCGAACUUGAUGCCGAUAUUUUCAAAGACCUUCCCAACCUUAAAGAUAUUUUAAUACGAAACGAUAUACAGGAGAUGCUACCCGUAAAUGUCUUUCGUAACAACAAAAAGUUGGACUUCAUCAUGCUCUCAAACAAUAAAUUGACCGAAAUCCAUAGCGACACUUUCAAAGAGCUUGGAAAUGUUUAUGGUCUUUCAAUGGAUUACAACCAACUCGACGUGCUACCAGCGAAUAUCUUUCGAGACAACAAGAAAUUGCACAACCUUAAUUUAUCAAACAACAAAUUGAAAGAAAUCGAUGUCGAUACUUUUAAGGAGCUUAGCGACCUUACAAAUAUUUUCUUGGAUUCAAAUCAAAUUGAGGUUCUGCCCAAUGGCUUAUUCGACGAUAAUCCAAAGUUGAAGUUCAUUACUCUCUCCCGCAACAAAUUAACCGAAAUCAAUGUCGACACUUUCAAAGAACUUCCAGUUUUAUAUAAUCUUGACUUAAGUCAUAACCAAAUCGAGGUACUGCCCGCGACAAUCUUCCGCAGGAAUCACAACUUGAACACAAUUCAUUUCAACGACAAUAAGUUGAGAGUAAUCGAAAGCGAUACGUUUAAAGGACUCAACGAUCUAAAGUUUCUUGAGUUAAAUGACAAUCAGAUCGAAGUUUUGCGUAAAGGAUUAUUCGACGACAAUAUGGAAAUGAAGGUUGUUCAGUUGCGCGAUAAUAAGUUGAUGAAAAUCGAAACUGAACUUCAUAAGCUGAAAAAAUUGAUUUAUCUGCAUUUAGCUGGAAACGUCUGCAUUGAUCAGAGUUGUGCGUUUCCAGAUUGCAAUUCCUCGUCUCUAUUAGAAUUGAUUGAGAAUGUUCAACAAAAAUGUUCGAAUUCAAAUUUACUUCUACAUUCUAAUUGACACUGUAAAUUGUAGAAUUCUAUAAUAAAAGUGAUUUAUUGCA